AUGCAGCGUACUUGGCUGAAAAUCUCAAUCGUUGCAUCGGUGACAAUGUUGGCGAUUUGCACAGCAUCUCGUUUACUCGGCAAAGAAUGUCAACCAAAUGCGGUGAUUUUCGGCAGCGAGUGCUACGAUGAAGCUUGUAUAAAGGCCGAAGAAGAGCUCAAAGAAAAGCGAUGCGAAUUCUUCCGUUCAAAGCGACAAGCUCCAUCACUUUACUACUACGGGUUGGGUGGUAAUGUGAUCGGCGCUUACACACCUUUCGGUCUCGCUUUCAACCCACUCCGAGUCGCCCCACUCACCAAUUGGGGAAGAAAA